AUUAAAAUUUAUAUGAUAUUUCUAUGUUCUGCAUUUAACAUAUUUUUUAUAAAAAAUAUUCAGAUGUUUUUUCAAAAUAAAUUUCGGUAGCAUGAAAUUCAAUGGAUCAAGAAAGUAGUUUUAAAGAAAGGGAACCUGAGACAAUUAUAAAAAUUCCUUUAUUGGGUGUUUUAUCCCCAAUGCAAUUAGAUCCAUAUUCACUUUUAAAUUACCAUAGCAAUUUCAUAUCAAAUACCCCUGUUCAUACAUCGACAUAUGAGUACAAUAAAUACUUGUGUCAAAACAUGCAAGACCCUUUAUUAAAAGAUCACUUACUUAUUACAAAUUGUAAUAAUCAUUGGGAGAAUACAUUAAAUCCACUUAUUAAUUUUGGCUUGCCAUUCAAUAACUCUUUAUUAUCUCAAAUAUCUUUAUCUUUACCUUACAAUAAAAACAGUGCCUCAUGGUGUGUGGCCAUAUCCCUUAACAAUAAAUAUUUGGCAUGGAAUGCCGGAAAUAAUAAAGUUUAUAUUAUACCAAUUAAAAAUAUUCAAAAUUCUCUGGAAGACAAGGCUACAAUCAAAAACAACCAAAUCACAACAGUUUUUGAUUGCGGUGAUAUUAUUUCAUCCAUGUCAUUUGGUUCGGGGAAGUAUACAAGGUCAAAACAUUUUCAAAUGUCUCAAGAUUAUGCCCACAUUUUUGGCAACAAGUCUAAGAAAUUAUCGUUAAAAGCUAGCAAAUGGAGCAAAUAUGAUUCCAAGGUCGAUGUUCAAAGCCGAUUUGACUUUUCCAAAGAAGAUUGUAUACUGGCGACAGGUUUAGCACACGGGCAAAUCAAAGUAUGGCACGUUCCCUCAGGCCGUUUGAUGCUCAUCCUAUAUGACCACAAAAGUACUGUAAACAGUUUAGUCUUUUGCCCUAAUCCUUCUUCCCUCAUACUCUUAUCUGGUUCCUCAGAUCGAACCAUGAAGGUUUGGAACCUUAAACAAGACGGAAACAUGACGCCCACCAUCGAUGUCUCUCCGUACCAGACCCGCGUCUUGGCUAUCAGUUGGUCUCCUAAUUCUGAAAGGAUCGUCAGUGUUGGAGGAUCUAAUAAAAUCUAUAUCUGGAACUCUUUAUACGCCGAAAGAGAGUAUUCUAUGAUCAAAUCCUUGAGCGGUCAUUUGAACGAAAUUGUUGACUGCGAUCAUUCUUCCGAUGGAGCUUUGCUAAUCACGGCUUCCCUCGAUUCAUAUGUUAUUUUAUGGGACCCUUAUACCUUCCAGGCUCUCAGAAAAUUUGGGCAUAAAUUUCCUCCUCCCAGACCAAUUUUUGCUUCGGGGCCGAAUAGUCAUGGCGUAAGAGGAGUUCAAUUCAUAUCUGACAACCAUUUGUUUUGCAGCGUGGCUGAUGAUGGGUAUUUAAGACUCUGGGAUCCUCAUUCUGAUUUGGAAUUGCCGAUUAAAAUUGGCAGACAGGAUUUUCCUUUAUGCUGUAAGUAUUCCGCUAAUCCUUCGAUUCUAGCAACCGGAGACAAAUUUGGUCGUUUAAUGUUAUGGGGUAUGUGCGAUUCCCAUAUCCACUAUGGUGAUAUCUGCAAAAAUAUAAUUUGCGAGCAUUCAGAUCCUUCCAUGCCGUCUUCCCGGCACUUUGACCAACCCAAUCGCUUGGAACACCUUUGUAGAUUAGCUCUUCGUAUUUUAGUCCCAGAUACAACUAAAUUAGAUUCUCAUUUUUCCAAAAUUUUACCGAGAGGAUUAAUUUCUUACAUAAAGUAUUGCGAUGUGAAAUCACAGAAUCAAGUUCUAUCCUCGAAUUACCCUUACAUAAUUUAUCAUUGAAUAUAUUAAAAAUUAUAUAUUUUACAACAUUAUAUAAAGCUGAUUGUUCAAAACCAUUUGUGUAUUAACCGUGUAAUAUGUAUUUUCAAAUAUAUUUUAUCUCUGAAGACCAUUUAUUUAUAAACCAUUUGUAAUAUAAUAUUAUAUUUAUAUAAAAUUAUCUCUAUUUUAUAUUAUAAAUAACUAAAUUUGUUAUUACAUCUUAUAGGAUUCCAAUGCAUUAUGUUUAUGCACCCAAAUUUGUAACUCUCAUAAUUAUCGUUUAGCGAAACAUAAUUAUUACAACGAGAUUUUAUACGUGAAUUUUGAGACUAUCGAAUUUCAUAGGAUCUAAAUUCUUAUAGGCCUAAAUUUAAUAAAUGCAAUAUGAUUAAUGAUAUAUAUAUACAAUUUUUUGCACCGGUACAGGACUGGAUACAAAUUUUUAUUUAUCUACCAGGCCAGGCCAAUUACUGGUAUUGGGUUUUAUUUAAAAAAAUACUUUUAUCAUAAUGUUGGACUACUAUAUGCCGGUUUUUAAUAAAAAAUUUAUUUUUCAAAAUAUAAAAAAACAA